AUGAUUGUGGGGACAGUCCUCUUCCAGUCUAGCAGCUAUGGAAAAGAAGGCAAGCAUCUCUGCUGCCUUGGCGAGGAAGCCUCUGAGCCUGGCAUGAGUUUCACAGAGGCUCUGCACCGCCCCUAUGGUUGCGAUGUUGAACCCCAGGCACUGAAUGAAGCCAUCAGAUGGAGCUCCAAGGAGAACCUGCUUGGAGCCACUGAGAGCGAUCCCAAUCUCUUUGUUGCACUUUACGAUUUUGUAGCAAGCGGUGACAACACGCUCAGCAUCACCAAAGGUGAGAAGUUGCGAGUCCUGGGUUACAACCAGAAUGGUGAAUGGAGCGAGGUACGGUCGAAGAACGGGCAGGGCUGGGUGCCGAGCAACUACAUCACACCAGUGAACAGCCUGGAAAAGCAUUCCUGGUACCACGGGCCGGUGUCCCGCAGUGCAGCAGAGUAUCUGCUGAGCAGUCUCAUCAACGGCAGCUUCCUGGUGCGUGAGAGCGAAAGCAGCCCGGGGCAGCUGUCCAUCUCGCUCAGGUACGAGGGACGUGUUUACCACUACAGGAUCAACACCACCUCAGAUGGGAAGGUCUAUGUGACCGCAGAAAGCCGUUUCAGCACGCUGGCCGAGCUCGUACACCACCACUCAACAGUAGCAGAUGGACUGGUAACAACUUUGCAUUACCCAGCACCCAAGUGCAAUAAGCCCACUGUCUAUGGGGUGUCCCCCAUCCAUGACAAGUGGGAGAUGGAGCGGACUGAUAUCACCAUGAAGCACAAACUUGGGGGAGGGCAGUAUGGCGAGGUGUACGUCGGUGUCUGGAAGAAAUACAAUCUCACGGUUGCUGUGAAAACAUUAAAGGAAGAUACCAUGGAGGUGGAAGAGUUCUUGAAGGAAGCUGCUGUGAUGAAGGAGAUCAAGCACCCAAAUCUAGUGCAGUUGUUAGGUGUGUGUACCCUGGAGCCACCCUUUUACAUCGUGACAGAGUACAUGCCGUUUGGGAACCUGCUCGACUACUUGCGGGAGUGCAACCGGGAGGAAGUGAGUGCUGUUGUGCUGCUCUACAUGGCCACCCAGAUCUCCUCUGCCAUGGAGUACCUGGAGAAGAAGAACUUCAUUCACAGGGACCUGGCAGCACGGAACUGCUUAGUUGGAGAAAAUCAUGUGGUGAAGGUGGCUGACUUCGGCUUAAGUCGACUUAUGACUGGAGAUACCUACACAGCUCAUGCUGGAGCCAAGUUCCCAAUCAAAUGGACAGCUCCUGAGAGCCUGGCCUAUAACACCUUUUCCAUCAAAUCAGAUGUUUGGGCCUUUGGGGUGCUGCUGUGGGAAAUUGCUACCUAUGGGAUGUCACCAUAUCCAGGCAUUGACCUCUCUCAGGUGUAUGAUCUGCUGGAAAAGGGCUAUCGGAUGGAACAACCAGAGGGCUGCCCUCCAAAGGUUUAUGAACUGAUGAGAGCAUGCUGGAAGUGGAACCCACCAGACCGACCUUCCUUUGCCGAGACCCACCAGGCUUUUGAAACUAUGUUCCAUGACUCAAGCAUCUCAGAGGAGGUAGCAGAGGAGCUUGGAAGAACAGCCUCCUCCUCAUCCAUAGUUCCUUACUUGCCCCGGUUGCCCAUGCUUCCCUCCAAGACAAGAACACUGAAGAAACAGGCGGAGAACAAGGAGAAUAUUGAAGGAACACAAGAUACUGUAGAGCACUCAGCUUCCAGCUCAGCACCAGGUUUUAUCAGAAGCACACAGCCAACAAGUGGGUCUCCCGCACUGCCCCGCAAGCAGAGGGACAAGUCACCCAGCAGCCUGUUGGAGGAUGCCAAAGAGACCACUUUCACCAGGGACAGAAAAGGUGGCUUCUUCAGCUCCUUCAUGAAGAAGAGGAAUGCUCCCACACCUCCCAAGCGCAGCAGUUCCUUCCGGGAGAUGGAGAAUCAGCCCCAUAAGAAAUAUGAGCUGACGGGUAACUUUUCAUCUGUUGCUUCCUUGCAGCACGUGGAUGGGUUCUCUUUUGCUCCCACGCAGCAGGACGCAAGCCUGGCACCACCCAAGUGCUAUGGUGGAGGCUUUGUGCAGAGGACCUUCUACAACGAUGAUGGCACUGGUACCAGCAGUGGUGGGGGUGUAAGCACUGGUGGUGGGUGGUCGGGCAUCACUGGUUUCUUUACACCACGCUUGAUUAAAAAGACACUAGGUUUACGAGCAGGAAAACCCUCUGGCAAUGAAGAAGCUUCAAAGCCUUUUCCAAGGUCAAACUCUACAUCUUCCAUGUCCUCAGGGCUUCCAGAGCAGGAUAGGAUGGCAAUGACCCUUCCCAGAAAUUCCCAGAGAUCAAAAAUUCAGCUAGAACGGACAGUGUCCACCUCCUCUCAACCCGAUGAGAGUACAGGGAGGGCCAAUGACCUGCUUCCCAAAAAGUUUGAAGAAGGCCCUGUUUUGACCAGAGAGAGACCAAAAGCAAAACUCUUGCCGAGGGGUGCCGCAGCGCUCCCUUUCCGAACCCCCUCCGGAUCAGAAGAGAAGGAGGGCCCAGGGGUAGCAGCAGCUCCGAAAGGCAAAGAAAAAACCAGUGGCCUGCGGCAAGGGGCCCUUGAGGAUGGUGAGAGACCGGGGUGGUCAUCUCCAGGAAAGGCUGCAGCAAUACUUCCAACCACUCAUAACCACAAAGUGCCAGUCCUGAUCUCACCCACUCUCAAACACACUCCAGCAGACGUGCAGCUUAUUGGCACAGACUCUCAGGGUAAUAAGUUUAAGCUCUUAUCUGAGCAUCAGGUCACUUCUUCCGGCGACAGGGACCGGCCCAGACGGGUAAAACCAAAGUGUGCUCCACCUCCGCCACCAGUGGUGAGGCUCCUACAACAGCCAGCUGCCUGCUCAGAUGCAGCAGAAGAGCUGAGCAACGCGGCGGGGGCGCAGCACGGACUGGAAUCGAGCGAAGGGAGUAAGAAGGCGGCGGCGGCAGCAGCAGCAGCAGCACCUGUUGGUGGGAAAUCUGGGAGGCCCGUGAUGCCUCCACCUCAAGUGCCUCUGUCAACGUCUUCCACCUCCCCAGUGAAAAUGGCCAACGGCACAGCUGGCACAAAAGUAGCGCUGAGAAAGACCAAACAGGCAGCUGAGAAAAUCUCCGCAGACAAGAUCAGCAAGGAGGCGCUGCUGGAGUGCGCGGGUCUCCUCUCGAGUGCCAUCGCCGAGCCCACACCCAACAGCCAGCUGGUGGACACGGGGCACCAGCUGCUGGAUUACUGCUCAGGCUAUGUGGACUGCAUCCCGCAUACACGCAACAAAUUUGCCUUCCGGGAAGCCGUGAGCAAACUGGAACUCAGCCUGCAGGAGCUGCAGGUGUCCUCGGCAGCUGCCAGUGUCCCUGGGGCAAACCCCGUCCUUAAUAACUUAUUGUCAUGUGUCCAGGAAAUCAGCGAUGUGGUGCAAAGGUAG